CCUGCACAUUGGAAAUCACUAACAUACAAUUCUGUCUUUACUGCCUGACUUAUACUCUUUGUCGUUAUAUCGACCCCCUUGUUGACCUUGACCCCUUCUUUUUUCAGCACUUUUUUUUUUCUUUCUUCCUCUAAAAAUUCCACCGCCCCGCCUCCUGUUUUAUAUUCUUUCUACUGGCUCAAAAUUGAUCUGUCAAAGGCGGACUGACUGCAAAGCGGUCUGGAGAAAGUGGCAUCGCGGUGGGCUGCAUUCAGCUCAAAGUCCACCUAUCUGCUCGGCUGACCGGUGGACAAUAACAAGCUCUUGGCCCGAGGGGCGUCCAUCUGGGGGGAUAAAACGCAUAUUCCUUAACAAUGCCGACGGGACGCUUCCAUGCGGGUUAGUUUCGAGCAAUGAAUUCCGAACAACCAAGACUGCCCAAGGCACCCUCGACCACAGAUAACUAUCGUCGUCCUUCAAGUCGACAGCACUCUGAUGUUAACAGCCCGACUUCUGUCGCCACUGCCGGAACCAAUCAGUCGUUAGGAACGGACCCCGGCAACGAUAACAACGUCUCCCAUCUAGCACACAUCUCUUCGCCCACGAGUAGGAACACGGCUUCAUCAACGAGCACCUCUGCAACCCACUCCAACAGCUCCACUAUCCCCUCAAACGAUUCAAAUGUGUAUAGUAUCGAGUCUUCUCCGACAGCCACGACUUUACCGUCUUUCGCGCUGAGAGAUGGAUCCGACUCGGGCAGCCGCCGCGGCGCUUCUAGGCGUCGUACCGGUCCCCUAUCUGCGGAGCAGAGGGAAAAGGCUGCACUCAUCCGUCGUGUUGGGGCGUGUGAAUCGUGUCGGCGUAGAAGGGUCGCCUGCCAUCCGAACCAUCACAAUAUGACUUGGGAAGAUGCUUUUCGCAAGUAUCGCUCCGGCAGUCCAACUCAGGAGCUUGCGACUUUAAGUGCCCGUCCGAGUAGCCCCAAACACUCAGGCUUCGAGGCUAUAAACCAUGCAAAAGCACCAGCGCCACACGACCUUCCCGACCAUAUGGAUGUCGACAGUGUGUCAUCGUCGCACGACCAUGUGAGGAGGCUCUCGCACGGCGAUUCUCGUAUCAGGACCCCGCUGCCGACAGGACCACGCAUAGAGAGGAUCGCGGCCCAGGCCUCUCAAGUGGUGCAAGCCGCACAAGCAUCGCAUUCUUCUCUGUUCCACCCGACGGCCGAGUCAAUCCAGUCCGAAUUGCAAGCAAUGGCAUCCAAAAUUUCGUCGAACCCUUAUCGCAGCCGGUACAACGCUGUUCAAGCACUGCUCCUGUACUGGGAAGAUGAAAGUGACCAAGACGUUGGCCCCGCCGUGAAUGAGCUCUCGGAUGUCUUAGAAAAACACUACCAAUACGUCAGCGAGAUAAAAGCUAUCCCAUCGGUAUCCGAGAGUGGCAAGAGUUCAUGGAGGUGGCUGUCGCAAACGGUAACGUCUUUCGUCGAUAAUCGCGACCAAAGAGACGUAUUAAAGAUUCUUUACUAUGUCGGUCAAAGCUAUUUGGACGCAAACCGGGAGAUGGUGCUGGCUCACACGCGAAAUCGACGAGAAGCUGCGACGAUUAGGUGGAGUGGGAUCCAACAAAUACUCGAAGAGGCAAAUUCCGAUACGUUGAUUUUGAUGGACGCUGCGUACUACCCUUCCUCCAAGUUGGUACGGCAGCAAGGAGUUCUCGAAGUUGUUGCGGCAUCGGCAUCGGAGGAACACUCGGCGUAUCUGGAUCGAACAUCUUUCACACGAGAACUGACGGAACAAUUACGAAGGCGGGCAGGCCAGAAGUUUCUCAGCCCCUUCACAGCAGCCGAGCUCCAUGCGAAACUGCUUUCGACCUAUCCCCGCAUGUGUCGCGAUCGCAACCCGGAGAAGCAGGUAGUGACCAGCGCUCCAUCACCCUUGCACAUACAGAUCGCGGCCAACACUCGACUGCCCUCUGUUCUUCUCGCUCCAGUCCGCAGAGGGUUGCCUAUGUGUGUUGAGCCUGACCCUAGCGGGCCGCAGCUGAGCCUAACAAUAGGACUCAGCGACGAUGCUAUUCACCUAGAGAGCUGGGCAGAGUGGCUUCGCUUGAUGCCGGAUGGUAUCAAAGACCUGAAAAUCGAGGGCCCAUAUCGUAACCCCUAAGUGGAGGGAGCGUUGGGGUACAUGUCAAAAAAAGGACACAAAAGAACUUUGGUCCUCGUACAAAUCAAUUCAAAAACACAGCUUGAAUGUCGGAUCAGCUCGACUGGGCUGAAGCUUCCGAUCCGUGGGCAUAUCCAGAACGCUCUAGCGCGCACUUGAUAAAGCGUACAUCACGUCACCCGCUUCUCCCGCAAAUUAGAC